CUCCUCGCCGCUCCCCGCACGGCGCAGACCUGUCGCCUCGUCGUUCAGCAGCAGUUAUUCACGCUUCUGUACCAGGGCUCCGUGGAGGGAAGCGAAGCGGCGGCGGAGGGAGAGCAAAGGAAGGCGACGGAGGGCUGGGGGCACGGAGUAGAGACACGGCCGGCUCUGCUGGACGUUGAGCGGCCGCUCGCCGCCGCAGACGCGCCUCCUGACCCUCUCCAUUCAACCCUCUCACGGCUGCAUGUGUGCCCUUCGAGCAGAGUGCACCGCGGAAUGGGCGAAGGGGGACUGACGCCCGGGGAGCCGUGAAGCCCGACUUCUGUUGGGGAAGUAACCUCAGCAUCUGGGGGAGAGAAAGAGAAAGGAAACCAGAAGACCACCGGACGUUUCCAAAAGCCAGGAGCCCGAGCAGAGCGACAGCCCCAGCGCCAUGUCUCUCCCGAACGUGCUGGCCAAGGCGCUGUACGACAAUGUGGCGGAGUCUUCGGACGAGCUGUCCUUCCGUAAAGGCGACAUCAUGACGGUGUUGGAGCGCGACACGCAGGGCUUGGACGGCUGGUGGCUCUGCUCGCUCCACGGUCGCCAAGGCAUCGUCCCCGGCAACCGCCUCAAGAUUCUGGUCGGCAUGUACGACAGCAGGCAACAGGCCGUGCCAUCCACGCCGGAGCCGGCCACUUCCUGUCCCUCCUCCCAGCGGCCCCUCCCCCCUCUGAGCGCCUACGCCAAAACAUCACCGUCUCCGGCGUCUGCCGCCGUUGCUACUUCCUCCUCUGGGUUUCCAGCCAAGCCCCUCAACCAGACACAGUACACGUCUAUGCAUCCGGCCUACUCCGCCCCCAGCCCCGCGCAGCCCAACCCCGACUCCAUCUACAUGAUGCCCCCCUCCCACGGCCCAAAACCAAGUCCACAAAGUCUGUACCAGAUCCCCUCCGGUCCAAGCGGACUCCCUCAAGGACCCCCCAGCAAGGCCCCGCUUCGAGCCCAGAGACAGUACCAGCUGCCUGGGCAGGACAUCUACCAGGUGCCCCCUUCCGUGGGCCAAGCGCUGGGCCUGGGAGCGGCCCCAGUCGGAGGCACCGGAGCUGGGCAGGAUGUGUACCAGGUGCCGCCCUCCCUGGAUAAGAGGAACUGGGAGAGCAGCAACAAGCCACUGGGCAAGGUGGUGGUCCCCACUCGGGUCGGACAGGUGUAUGUGUACGACACAGUCCAACCGGACCAGGACGAGUACGACGUCCUGCCUUCGACCCAGCACGACAUCUACGACGUGCCGCCCGCCCGCCAGCAGUACAACACACAGGUGUAUGACACUCCUCCCAUGGUGGCGAAGGGGCCCUCUAGUGGUCAGGAUAUAUAUGACACCCCAGCGAGCACGGACAAGAGCACACAUCAGACGGUCUACGACUUCCCCCCAUCCGUCAGCAAAGACGUCCCGGACUCUCAGCCAAUCAGGGAAGAGACCUAUGACGUGCCGCCCCACUUUGCCAAACUCAAGCCGGCCCCCCCAGGCCAGUACCCGCGCAGCCACCUCAACAGCAACGACGACGUCGACGACGAGCCGCCGAUUCCGGAGGACGUGUACGACGUCCCGCCCCCGAUCCUGACCGACAAGCGUUACCGGGGCGACAGGGGCGGAGUGGGCCGGCCCCCCCAGGAGAUCUACGACAUCCCCGCCAGCCUGCGGACGGGAGGCCACCCCGACCAGGACGUCUACGACUUCCCUCGGGAGCGAGAGGAGAAAGGAGGGGAGAGGGGGGACCACUACGUCUACGAUGUCCCACCGCAGGUUGUGCGUGAUGCCCAGUCCUCCGGUGAAGACCUCACCUCGUCCUUCAAGCGGCUGUCCGCCUCCAGCACGGGAAGCACGCGGAGCAACCACUCCGUCUCAUCCUUGGACAUGGUGCCCGUCCGGGACCCCUCCUCUUCCUCCUCCUCUCUUUCCGCUGCAGGGAAACCCCUCAUCUUGGACCUCGAGCAGGCCAUGGAGCGCCUGUCCCGCCUCCAGCAGGCCGUUGAGUCAAGCGUUUCCCUCAUGAUGUCGUUCAUCACCGGUAACUGGAGAAGCCCCGCCCACCUGGAAGGGAACCUCCCCGCCAUUCAUCAAGCCGCUGACCGGGUGCGCUCCACCGUGCGGGACUUCCUAGAAUUCGCCCGGGGCGCCGUGGCCAACUCCGCCCAGGCCACGGACCGCUCCCUGCAGACCAAGCUGGGCCGUCAGGUGGGGAAGAUGGAGGAGGUCUUCCAGAGUUUGAUCAGACACAGCCAGAGCUUGGACGCCGUUUCCUGGUCGCACGCCGCGCUCGCGUCACCGCCGCCGGGAGGGGACGACCUGGAUCGGCUGAUCAUGACGGCGCGAGGCAUCCCUGACGACGCCAAGCAGCUCGCCUCCUUUCUCCACGGUAACGCCUCGCUGCUCUUCAAACGGACCAACCGGCAGCAGCAGCAGCUGCCGCUUCCCCUGCUCCCGGGAGAGAUGGGCGGUCACAUGACGGGAUCGGGAAGCGGGAGCUAUCAGGGAGGGGAGAGGGUGCACAUUCAGUCGCGGCCCCUCCCCUCUCCGCCAAAGUUUACAGCUGCAGAGGAAGAGGAAGGUGUGGACCGGCAGUAUGAGACCACAGAGGAAGGCUGGAUGGAGGACUACGACUACGUACAUUUACAGGGAAAAGAGGAGUUUGAGAAGAACCAAAGACAGCUGCUGGAGAAAGGCAACAUCAUCAGACACAAGACGCAACUGGAGCAGGAACAGCUCAAACAGUUUGAGCGGCUCGAGAAGGAAGUCAGCCGGCCGAUCAACAACGACAUGACGGGCUGGGUCCCGUCCUCGCACCACCCUCCAGGCCACCAGCAGGCCCAGAACGGCUCCGGGGCCCCCCCUUGCGCCAAGCUGUGCCACGGUGACCGGCAGCUCCUCCUCUUCUACCAGGAGCAGUGCGAGCGGAACGUCACCGCGGUGACCAACGCCAUCGACGCCUUCUUCACCGCCGUCAACGCCAACCAGCCGCCCAAGAUCUUCGUGGCGCACAGCAAGUUCGUCAUCCUCAGCGCGCACAAGCUGGUGUUCAUCGGCGACACGCUGUCGCGCCAGGCCAAGUCGCCCGACGCGAGGGGGCGCGUGGCCCAGACCAGCAACGCCCUCUGCGAAAAGCUCAAGGACAUCGUGGUCAGCACCAAGACGGCGGCGCUCCAGUAUCCUUCCCCCGGAGCGGCCCGGGAGAUGACUGAGAGGGUGAGGGAGCUGGCAGGGUGCACGCAGCAGUUCAGGGUGGUGCUGGGACAGCUGCUGGUCAUGUAGGGCUGGGGGGGGGGAACCAGACAGUGACACAAACUGAGACGACCCAGGAGCACAGGGGGGCAGUGAAGCCCUGCAAGAAACCCUGUACACCCUUCCAGUGUGAGGUUGGAGACCCCCCACCCCCGACACACCUUACACACACUGGGACCGUCUCUCUCUCGUCCCCCCUCUCUUCCACGUGCUUUUUAUUCUCGAUGAACGAAAAGGAACGUUUUAUCUUCAGCGGGCUGGGCCAAUGGUUGUAAAGUAAUCACUGUAAAUAUUUAAGUUACUUAUUUAGUCAGAAAACCUGAAAGACAAAAAGACUUAAAA